GAGCCAGCGAAAAAAUUCGCAGUGUGACGUCACUUGCCCAUCAUUUACCACUGUAAACACAGUCGCGUGCGGCCAUGGAAUACACCGUCAUUAACAAUGUCAGGGACUUGCACUUAUGCGGGUCGAAGGUCCAAUUAGCUAACAUCCGGACUCCCAAGCCUGGGAAGAGGCUCGACUUCACACACAUGCUGCAUGUUGAAGCCCAUGUCUUGAGUUCAGAGCUGUCAGGCUCCAGUCGUGGAAGGUCACAACUCUGCAGGGAUUUGUCCUACUCGUCUUUCUUCCAGCAGAUUCAGCUCAGCAAGUCCUCACUCCUUCUCCUGAUGCACUGAACCACAAUAUUAAGCUCAGCUAGCCUCGAGCUAAAAAUAGACCGUGGUUUCGAGGGGAAGAGAAUAGCUCAGGACAGAAGUCUUUCAUUUGACUUCAUAUAGACGAGCACCACAGCUUUGAAGUGCACGUGUAGGAGGGCCUCUGCUCGUUCAAGUGUUAUGAAGUGGAGCUCACAAUGUUUAAUGUGGUCUCGGAAAUGCCUCACAAAACAGUCUGAGCUCCUCAGCUCAGGUUCAGAGUGUAAACAGUACCGACAGACACCGGCCUCCACCGGGAAGACACGUUUAUAUACAGCAAAUCGCUUUCGGAUGGUGUGAGAGGCUCCGUGGCGCCUGUUAUAUGGAAGUUGUGGCGUGCAAGGCGAAAGAGAGCAGUUGCACAUUGCGCCCCGCAGCAGCAGCAGCAGCAGCCAUGCUUUUCCACGGCAUCUCCGGUGAACACAUCCAAGGCAUCAUGGAGGAGAUGGAGAGGAGAAACAAAACGGAGUCUCGCCUAGCCAAAGCUGUCCAGAUGAACGGAAGAGAAACAAGCAUGCCGUCUGUGAGCCCGGAGAAGCCUGCUCUGUGUGCCGGAUGUGGAGGUAAAAUCUCUGACCGCUAUUAUUUACUGGCUGUGGAUAAACAGUGGCACCUGCGCUGUCUCAAGUGCUGCGAGUGCAAACUGGCGCUGGAGUCCGAGCUCACGUGCUUCGCCAAGGACGGCAGCAUUUACUGCAAAGAGGAUUACUACAGAAGGUUCUCCGUGCAGCGGUGCGCGCGCUGCCACCUGGGCAUCUCGGCGUCGGAAAUGGUGAUGCGCGCGCGCGACUCCGUGUACCACCUGAGCUGCUUCACGUGCACGUCGUGCCACAAGACGCUGAGCACGGGCGACCACUUUGGCAUGAAGGAGAGCCUGGUGUACUGCCGCCUGCACUUCGAGAGCCUCGUGCACGGGGAAUACCAGCACCACCAGCAGCAGCACGCGCAGCUCAACUACGCGGACCUGGCUGCCAAGGGCGCGAGCUUGGCGCUGCCGUACUUUAACGGCUCGGGCACGGUGCAGAAGGGCAGGCCGCGGAAACGGAAGAGCCCGGCCAUGGGCAUAGACAUCAGCACGUACAACUCGGGUUGUAAUGAGAACGAAUCCGAGCAUCUGGAUCGAGACCAGCAGGCAUACGCUCCAUCGCAGAAAACCAAACGCAUGCGCACGUCCUUCAAGCACCACCAGCUUCGCACCAUGAAGUCCUACUUCGCCAUCAAUCACAACCCUGAUGCCAAGGAUUUAAAGCAGCUUGCGCAGAAGACGGGCCUCACCAAAAGAGUGCUGCAGGUCUGGUUCCAAAACGCGCGGGCCAAAUUCAGACGGAACGUUUUGCGGCAGGAGAGUGGGGGUGUCGAGAAGGCUGACGGCACGUCACUUCCCGCACCCUCCUCCGACAGUGGUGCUCUGACCCCGCCAAGCACAGCCAGCACGCUAACAGACCUGACCAAUCCCUCUAUCACCGUAGUCACCUCAGUCACCUCUAGUUUGGACAGCCACGAGUCCGGGAGUCCCCCGCAAACGACCCUGACGAACCUUUUCUAACGCAGAUUUGGGGUUUUGUCCUUUAUUGUUUUUUUUGUUUGUUUGUUUGUUUUUUUUGGUUUUGUUUUGUUCUUCUUCUUUCAAUUUCCUCCCUUCCAAAUGUGGCUUUUAUUUUUUGUUGUUGUUAUUUACAAAAACACUCUUACGCAACCAAGAGACAGAUCCGUUUGAAGACAAAGUAGUCACCUCAAGUCAACUCUAUUUUGGACAGACUGUAUUUUGAUUUCGCAUAAAAGAAAAAAAGAAGAAAAAAAAAAAAAAAAACACUUCGAAAUUUUGAUUCACAUCCGAUUGAAUUUUUUUUGUUUGUUUACAUUUUUUAGACAAACCCAUUCAAAUCAGCUACAACUGAAUUAUAAACAGCUACAACUCUGUAAACCUUCUUCUUCUUCUUUUUUUUUGUUUUGUUUUGAUUUGUUUUUCUAUAAUUUUAUAAAUUUGACAGAUUUCAUUUCCAAAUCAGCCAGUGACAGUCCCAUUCCCACAUACUAAAGUACUAAAACAAACGUGAGGGUCAGUUUAAUGUGUAGCACUUGCAACCACUUGGCAGCUGAGUUUACACGUGUGUCAAUUUAUUUUUUAAUUUUUUUUCUCCUUUUGUUUUUAACGUAUUCGCCAUGUCAGCGUAGUGUCGGCAUGUUUUAACACUUCAUCUGCGAAAGUGGAAACAUGUCUUAGACGACGCGCUUUAAAGCCACGCAGAAAAUCCUUCAUUCCGUUUGGUAAUUUUUGAAAAAAAUUUAUUGGAUUUUUUAUUUAUUUAUUUUUUUUUUUUACUUUACAUUGAUGAUCUGCAUUUUAUUUCCAAAAGCAUUUCGCAUUUCCAGUGACUGUAGCUUUAACAAACACUAAUCCCAUUGCCGUUUUUACACUUUAUACUUUUUCGACUCGCGUGCCAGGUGGUGCUUCAACCUCAAGAUAGCAUUGUCAUACCAGCCUGACUCUAAUUAGGGUUCAACAAUAUCAAAAACUGUGCAGUGGUAACUGUUAAAAAAAACAACAACAAACAAACCCCAAGCCUGGAGAGCCCUUUAGACCACUUUUUGAUGGGCUACUCUUAGAUGGGCGCUACAAACAAGUAUUUUGGUGUAUAAAGUAUUGAAUUUUUCGGUACGUUCCAGCUCCUAUUAAUCGCUAUAGAGUUCCAGUUUGCUCAGUGACGACAAAGUUGCCAGUGAUAAGCGCGGUACAGUGGUGGAGCUCAGGGUGAUCAUGAGAUUCAACACAUUUGGAGAUGGGAAAUUUAGACUCCAAUUUUUUUUUUCCUUUUUUUAAAAAAAAAAACAAAAACAAAACAAGUAUCACUUUUGAGCUUGUGGUUUGCAGGACCGAUGAAACAAACACCACUUACGAUUGGAGAAAGUUAGUCAUAUAUAAAA